UAGACAGUGUUUGAGAGCAGCAAGUACGUGAUGGUGCAGAGAGACAACGUGUUCUCGCUGAGGAUCAAAGACGCCCAGAAGGGAGACGAGUCCGAGUACAGCAUCAACCUGACCAAUCAGAGAGGAGAGCAGGCCAAGAGCGCCUGCAACCUCUCCGUCAAAGAGGAGAGCAUGAGGUUCGUGGUUCCUCUGGAGGAUAUCGACACUCAGGAGAAGAACACAAUCGUCUUCUCCUGCAAGGUGAACCGGCCCAACGCCACGCUGAAGUGGAUGAAGGCGGGCCAGGAGAUCACCUUCAGUAAACGCAUCGUAUACCGGGCGGACAAAGAGAAGCACACGCUCACCAUCAAGGACUGUACGCUUGCCGACGAGGGCGAGUACACCGCCAUGGCCGGAGACAGCAAGUGCACGGCGGAGCUGAUCAUCAGCGAGGCGCCCACCGACUUCAGCAUACAGCUGAAGGACCAGACCAUCACAGAGUUCGAGGACGCAGAGUUCACCUGCAAACUCACCAAAGACAAGGCAGACCCCAAGUGGUACAGGAACGGACGUGAGAUCAGAGAAGGACCCAG